AUGCCUUCCAAUACCAAGCGUCGUGGUGACAGGGCGAGGCAACCGAACAGUCGCAAGGCUCGCAAGGCUCGUAAGCAAGCCGAGAAUAUCCAGCAAGAGCUUAAUCGGUCAGAUGUCAGCGCUCAAGAGGGGAACUCCAACUCCAUCCAGCAAGAGCUCAAUCGGUCAGAUGUCAACACGCAAGAGGAGAAAUCAAUCUCCGACAAGCAGGAUCUCGGUUCUGUCGACAAGAACGCACAAGAAGCACCUCUUCCUCAGCCAGAGGAAGGCGCUGACCCUGAAGAGUACCACCUGACCCCCGCUGAGCAUAUCAAUGCCACUGAAGCCAGCAGUCAGUAUAAGGCUUGCAUCCCCAUGUAUGUCCUGCUCCGCAUUCAUGGGAAUGACUUCACCAACUAUGCCGCUGAUGUUCGUCAAUUCGUUGGCACGCCUGGCUGGCCCAAGACCCCCUACACUACCAUGACCCUCUUUCGCCCCCCCUUCACCACCGGCGAGCUGCGUCUCGAACUCUUUUACCAUCUUCGAGGAGACGGACACAGGCUAGGCGAGAUCACAAUUCCCUUCACAGCAUUUACUGAGGGCCUUGUGAGCCGCGUCUUGUCUCUGCCACAAGAACCAACUACCAACGACGCCUACAACGUCCCCCCUAAGAUGCAAGGCUUGCUUUCCCACGUUAUCCAUGCCCAAUCCUUCGUACAGCUCGUUGCAGAGGUACCUCUGGGUCAGAUACAUGUCAGUCUGAAUGACAAUGUCAUUCGCCGUUUUCGUAGGCAACUUGGCAAUGAUAUUCGGACAGCUGUGCAACCUCUCAAGGACAUCCAACUCUCUCCCGUACACAAAAUUUUCAGUAUGGGCGCACGGACCAUGCUGUUAACGUUUGCGCGGGACUUCCGCCUGUAG